CCCGAUUCGUUUCCAAGUAGCCACUUCCAUUUCCAAGAUCUGAUAACCAAAGUGUUAGAAUCUGUGUGAAGAAGAAAAAGAAAAAAGAAUCAUUUCCUGAAUGGCAUAUACCGGCGAAGAAAUGAAGGAGAAGCUGAAGCUCUACUCUUACUGGAGAAGCUCAUGUGGCCAUCGAGUGCGGUUAGCCCUCAGUUUAAAAGGGAUUGAAUAUGAGUAUAUACCAGUGAACUUGCUCAAGGGAGAGCAGUUUGAUCCAGAUUUCAUUAAGAUCAAUCCAAUGGGUACUGUGCCUGCGCUUGUUGACGGAGAGGUUGUGAUUACUGAUUCUUUUGCCAUAAUUAUGUAUCUAGAUGAGAAGUAUCCUGAGCCACCUUUGUUACCUCGUGACCUCCACAAACGAGCUUUAAAUUACCAGGUUGCGAGUAUUGUCUCCUCUGGUAUACAGCCACAUCAGAAUCUGGCUGUUAUUAGGUACAUCGAGGAAAAGACAAAUGGUGAAGAGAAAAUCGCUUGGAUUAAUAAUGCUAUCAGAAAAGGAUAUACAGCUUUGGAGAAACUGUUGGUGAAUUGCGGUGGGAAAUAUGCAACUGGUGAUGAGAUUUACUUGGCUGAUCUUUUUCUAGUAGGCCAAAUCCAUGGAGCUAUGAUUAAAUUCAAGAUUGAUGUGGAGCCGUACCCGACUCUUGCAAAGUGUUAUGAGUCAUACAAGGAACUGUCUGUGUUUGACGAUGCAGUCCCAGCCAAGCAGCCAGACGCUCCAGCUCCUAGCAUAUGAUUCUGUGAAACAAGAAAAACUUUGUAACAUGCACGUUUAGAUUGCUCAGAGGUAGUCCAAUCUAAAAAUGCGAUAGUACUCUUCUCUUUUAAACUUGGAUUUCUCAGUUUGUACGAGUAUAAUUAUUAAGACCAUCAAUAUUCUCUUCUUCUUCUUCUUAUGCUCUUGAUCCUACAAUUUUUUUGAGAUAACAAUUCAAAGAAAACUGUAAUGUAUAAACUAUUUACAUACAAAAGACAAUUCAAAUAAAAACUAAAAAGGUUAAUAAGAGA